UAAACGGCAAGCGAACGAGAGCGGGUGGAUGCCGGCAUCGGUCGUAGUGGGUGGUGGGUGGUGGACGCCACUGGUUUUCCACUUUUCAGCCAAUUUUCUCGGUCGAGGUUUCUUGGCUGGCAGUUUUCCUUCAAUCUUUGCAGCUUGCGGUUGUUCGUUGAUCAUCGGUUUGUUGGUCCGGCCGUUGUGCCUUUUCGUUGUGCGCUUUCGGUGUGUUCUCUAUCCUCCCUCCUUUUCGCACACUCUGCGUUUCCCGCAUCAUCUCUUCUCGGACGGAUUUUCCGCACCUUGGCUGUUGUUGUUGGGGUGGCUGGGCUGACUGUGCGGCGCGAGUGCGGAAAUGGUGUGCGAUGUCGUCGUCGCGGUGUAAAAUCUUCUACUCCUACGCGUUCGUCUAGCUAGAGCUCUGGGAGUGUGCUGCUGGCUGCUAAAUGCCGUUCGGGGGAUCUAUUUUUCUCCCCAACAUCGCAGUUAUUUCGACAACGGACGGAGGAGAAUCUCAAAAUAAAUGCACCCAAGUUAUCGAAUUGUGAUUUGAGACGAACCGGUUGGUUUGUUCCGUGGACCAACUUUCCAGUAGUGGCGGGUGGAAUUCAGUGAGAUAAUCGCGAGAGAGUACCAACGCGUAACCAAGAAGUGAAAGAAGUGAAUGCUGGCUGCUGAGCUGCAAGUGCUUCAAUAAAUAACGUGUAGGAAAAAUAAUGCUCCGGGCAGAAAAAUAACAAAAUUUGACGGAAAGCAAACGUGCAAAUGAGUGCGCCUGGUGGUGGGGUUUGAUGGCGGGACUCGGACCAAAACGGACGGGAUGUGUGAGGAAUCUGUCGAGAUGAAGAAAAUGUGGCCCAUUAAUAUUUAACGGCAGCAACAACAGUAGUGGAGGAAAAAUUUGUGCUUUCAGCAAACAUCGACUUUGCCUUCGGAUGCUGCACCAUACUGUGGGAGAGAAACCAGUGAUAAAGAUAGAAGGAUUGAUUCUGCUUUCUACACCCACCGCAUCGCCACCUAUAGCUGGCCAGCAGUUAGCACCAUCAGGAGAAAAGUAAAAGUUUCAAGGGGAUCUUCGAGAAUCGGUGUGGGGGAAAAUUUGAAUUUUGCAUCUAUGUGUUCCCCUCAACUCUCUCACUUCCCGGGAAAAGGAAGAAGAUACAUGAUUAUUACGCUGUGAAUUUGUUUGUUUUGCGCUGAAUUGAGGAAAUAUCUGCUGCUGCAAAAGUGAUGUUGAUGUUCGUGUGUCAUAUUAUUGGAUGCUGGGAAUAAAAUGUGAAUCAACGAGUCGUAUGGCGAGAGACGUGAAGAGAGUUGAAAAGUUAGUGAUCUGAUUUGUGAUAAGUGAAAAUUGAUUUUGCUGGUGAUUUGAUAUAUCAUUGAAGCAGUAAUAUGAGGAGCAUGUUAUGCUAAAAGGAGUUCUAUGUUUUGGUGCUUAAAUUAUGAAGAAAAUGAGUCGAAUGGCUUGACUAGCAGAGAGGAAACUGAGACCUUGUAGCGUAGCGUAGAUUCUUAGGAAAUUCGGUGAUAGGGCAAUCUCCAAAUCAUCGAUGCAAGAUGGCGCUGGUAAUGUUGCCGUGCGAUCUUCCCUGGUGGUCCAACGUCCAGAAGAAGCUCGCCCAGAUUGAGGAGACCCCAACGUUGGAGGUCGUCCUGGAUGUGAUGCAAAAGCUGCACGAACUCUGCAAUGUCAGCUUGGAUCCGGACGACGACGGCAAGGAUCAGGGAGUGUUCGACGGGUUGCGACACUUCAUCGAGCAGACGCUUAGCGAGGAGGAGCGAACGCACUUCCUGAACCACACAGUCAAACAUAUCGCACAUCAUGCGCGGAACCUGAAGCUGCACCGUCCACCUCGGGGGCUGAGCUUUAGCCUGCAGCAGCAGUCCGACAGCUACGAGCUUAGCUACCGCCUGGUGGCGGCUCUCAUAGCCAAUGCCUUCUUUUCCACAUUUCCAAAACGCACUGAGAAAACUCAUCCCACGCUACAAGACUUCAAUUUUACGUAUUUCUUUAGAGGAUUAGUAGAAAGUAAUGUACAAAAGGCCAAAUUUAGGAGCUUCCUUAACUAUUUCGACUGGCUGGAAGCCAAUCCCGAGGUGCUCCAGGGUACGCUCAAAGUCAGCCGGAAGGUCAUGACCGGGAAGCAGUGGCUGACGAUCGAAGAUUGGCUAGAGUGCGGCCUUCCGCUGUGCGACGUAGAUAUCAAGCACGAGGGUCGCCUGGACAAGGCCAGUUCCGAUACGAUGCAGACGGUGUUUGCCAAUGCCCGGUUAGGCGGCGAUGUGUUAGCGUCCGGCGCUUCCCAAGAAUCUCUCCAAUUCUUCACAUUUCCGGAGAUUUUGGCUGUGCUGUUGUACGUGGAAGCCCUGGAGGAUAACGAAUCGCUGCAGGUGGAGAACGCUCACCAUACGGCACGGAUAGUGGAUCCCCGGGGUAAGGCUCUGUUCGAACCGAUCGAGCAACCGAAGAAGACCUCACUGUGCUGUAUCGACGCCGAGAACUACCGGGCGAUGCCCUCGCAUCAGUUCGAAGAGGAUGACAUUCUGCGCGAGUUGAACAAGUGCCUUUUAGCGUUUAGACAGAAUACGACCUGUCCGGUGGUGGAGCCGAGGCCGGCUGAGAAGCAACGCCCGACUCGGUUAGACCAACUGGAGACUGUAUCCAGCAAGGGUAGACUAUCUCCGAUUGGGGAGCGCGAUCGGGAGGGUUCGACUCCGGGAUCGCCGGACUUUUGUACGACGAUCUUUAUAAAGCAGCCUACACCAAACUCGAAACGUUCCAGUAGUGAUUCGAAUAAGCUGGAGAAAGACAUCAACAAGCGACGGUCAUGGCUAACGCCGGACCGGAACUUGGGAGGAACGUCAUCUGUGGUCAGUACGACUGGUUCGACGAGUGGAGUGUUGACAGGAGGUCCUAGGGGAAAGUUCAUUAUUCUGGGGUCUUCCGGAGAGUGUCUUCCAGUGAAUCGCCACCCGUUGAGGAUUCCCAUGUUGAAGGAUUCGUUUUCUAGCUGUGAAUCCAGUAACGACGAGUUUCAUAGUGCGCGUGAUAGUUUCGACGAGGACGAUGAAGACGGACUGCGUGCGAGGAAGUAUUCAACCGAGUUGGACACUCCGGAAAGGAGGUUUACAUUUGCUCAACGAUUGCGGGAAGCGCUGCAGGAUAGUAAUUUACCUUCAGGGAGCACCGAGGAGGACAGUAGUUAUGCCGUAGGAAUAAGUGUUAGUGGAUCGCAGACGAAGGAUCAGGAUAUUAGAGUUAAGAGAGGAGGCUCGUGUGGAUUCGUGCUCGAUGGAUCGAUGGGAAGUACGUCUGAGGAACGGGAGUGGUUCGAUCGCUGUAAAAAGAAACAUAACGGGAUUUUGGAGAGAAAGGAAACAAACGAGUCUUCCAGGUACAGUUUCGAUUCGGAUCUUGGAUCGGAACUGGAGGAGGUGUACGAAAAGUUUGCCAAAUGGUUAGAGGAGCCAAUCAGUAGUGAGAAACCGAAGAAGCUGGAUGCUCGAGAUGAGGCGGUCCUAAGGUUUGCCAACUCCCUGCUGAAGCGAACGCUCAGCGAGAGCUUCGUGGGAAUUCCAUUUACCGAAGACGGGAUGAGCGAGGAGAAGAAUACCGAGACUUCGGCGAUACGAAGCAACGGUACCCAAAAGGAGAAGGUAGUACUGAACGUGAGAUCGUUAUCGUUGGAGUUGGCCAAACACAAGCACAAACUUGCAGCACAAUUGCGCAACGAGUACCUAGCCCUGGAACCGGCCAAACUCUUCAAGUGCCCGAACAUCCAGCUGAACCAGACCGACCAGCGGAAGCUGCUGCUCCGGUUACGUUCUAGUAGUUCGAUCUGCUCGACGACUUCUGGACCACGUCCGGCGGUUCCACCUCGGGCCAAGAAGAAGUUCCGCAAGAAGCCCGUAGAACGGCAGUCCUCUCUGAAGACCCGACUGCAGAACUUCAAACCGAACUGGUCCGUUUCGUACUACCAGGACGUCAAGUGCGAAGAUGUCACCCUGAAGAUUUCACAGCUAGCACAGAAACGCACAUUCAACGUCAAUUUGCGGCCGGUGGCCACCGGGAACUGGGGAUGCGGCGAUUCCAAACGAGGUGACGUUCAGCUCAAGAUGGUUAUCCAGUGGAUGGCAGCCAGCGUGGCAGGACUGCCGUACUUAAUAUACUACACGGCCGGGAACGAGAAGCUGUCGAAGUUGGAUACUGUCUGCCGGGUGCUCAAGGAUCGUAAGUGGACCGUGGGCGAACUCGCCUCGGCCACCCUGUCGCAUGCCCGAGACAUCCUGGAAGAUCCCUUCUACUAUAACAAUGAUCGCAACUAUUGUUCCUACUUCGACAAGCUGAUUGGCAUCGAGCGGACAGCAACGGGACAGUAGUAUCUAUCAUCCAUUAUUAUCCAUCGAGUGAUAAGUCAAAACGUGGAAAAAAUAAAUCUCAUCUCAAAAGACAGCUACACUCCCACGGAGAUUCAAAGCAGGCAAAACUAGACGUGAGGAAACCAAGUCAACACUCAAGAAGCAAUAUUUAUUGUUAAAUAAUUCAAAAUGGCCCCCGUGCCAAAUUCUGUAGAAAGGGGAAGGCCACUUCCCUCAAGCAACAGCGUUCAAUUAGGGAUGUCACAGUUUUUCGCGACUAACCGAUUAGUUAGUAAUCGUUCAUUUUGUGACAUCCCUAGGUUCACAGAUAGAAAGCGAUCAGGUUAAACUUAAACGAAAUAUUCAAGCCAUUUAUACACAAGUAAAGAAAAAAAAUCGACGAAGAAGUCUUCCUCCGACGACUUAUGAUGACAGUAAACAGACAUGCAAAAAAGCUCCGUUUUUACACACACGUAACAAGACAAGUGACAUAUGCAACUGGAGAAAGGCAAGCAGUAGUGAUCAGUUUUUGACAUAGAUAGGCAUUAUGCGAAAAGACUUAUGCAAAUUUCCUAGCUGCAUUCUGUUCCACUCAGUUCGACCCUGUGGCAAAACAUACCGAAUUUUAAGUAGAUAAUUAUCCAAAAACAGCCAUUACUAUUCGUAGCUACUUUACGUGAUUAGCACCACUAUUGGUAUCCUUCGAUCUGUGUCAAUAUUCAAGAAGCUAAUGUAAAAUUACUCCCAUUACGGUUAAGUGUAAGCUGAACAGUAGUAGGUCAAUCCGGAUGAUUAACAGUGACAGAUUUCAAGAACCAAGCAUGCUUUGACGGGAAAUACCAAGGUAGGGAUGCUCCCGCGCGAAAAGAGAAAGUCGACGCGAAACGAUUAUUAGCAAACAUGUUAUGUAUAAAUAAUAUAAAACCAUUAUACAAAGUACGUUUUAUAUAGGGACUAUUGUACGAGACGCUUACCAAACAAGUGGAAAUAAAAUGAAGCUGAUAAAUUA